GGGGUGUGUCUUGAUGAAACAUGGCGGUUUUGCCCCAAGAUCUCUCUUUGUUUUCUAUAUCCUUUUUCUUUCUCCAGCUCCUCGUACUGACCAGUAGUUCGGCACUGAUUAUACUUUACUUUUAUCUGAGAUUCACCACAUCACGUGAUCCAGACCUCUCUAGAGCAGAGUCUGAGAAGUCGUUUCUGGAUCCCAAUGAUGGCACUCGGAAACCAUUCCCGUUAAUAUCAGACCCGCCCACUGUGCAACUCUCACUGGUCGUACCGGCUUACAACGAACAGGAUAGAUUUCCGAUCAUGAUUAAAGAAACUUUAGAGUAUCUUCACAAGAGAAAGCAACGAGACAGUGAAUUCACAUACGAAAUUUUAGUUGUUAAUGACGGAAGCAAAGAUAACACAUCAAAAGUAGUAAUGGAGUACGUUAAGAAAGAAGGUCCUGAUAGAAUGAGACUGUUGGAUUUCGUGAGGAACAGGGGGAAAGGAGGAGCAGUGAGAGCGGGCUGCUUGAGUGCUAGAGGAAAGAGGAUAUUAUUUUUGGAUGCAGAUGGAGCUACUGAUAUCAAGGGACUGGAUGAGUUGGAGAAGGCUAUGAAUUCUGUCUCAUCUGAUUCUACGUCUCCAGCCAUUGUUGUUGGCUCAAGAGCUCAUUUGGAAGAUGAAGCCGUUGCCAAUAGGUCAUUUUUUCGCAAUAUUUUAAUGUACGGAUUCCAUUUCCUAGUCUUCUUUUUAUGCGUCAAAGGCGUCCGUGACACACAGUGCGGUUUUAAAUUACUAACACGUUCUGCCGUGGACAGGAUAUUCACUAAUCUACACAUUGAGAGAUGGGCAUUUGAUGUGGAGAUGCUUUAUAUUGCUCAGUGUCUCAAUAUCCCAAUUAAAGAAGUUGCGGUUAACUGGCAAGAGAUUGAAGGUUCUAAAAUGAUACCAGUUUUUAGUUGGAUCCAAAUGGGGCGUGACCUCCUCUUCAUUAGGCUACGCUACAUGUUUGGAUUCUGGACAAUAAAGGCUAAGACCAGCUAGAUCUAGACCACGCCCACAAUAGAAUGAUAGCAGCUGUCAGAGGUUUAACAACUUUGUUUGAUCAAUAAUAAUAAUAAUUUAAAUUAAUAAUAAUUAUUAAUUAUUACAUGAAAUAAAGUCGUUUACAAAAAGGAUGACCUGUACAGUUCUUGUUGAAAAU